AUGACAGCUACGAAACAUCACUGUGUAGAAAAAAGGAAAAGAAAAAGAAAAGUAUAUUUAUCAUAUAUCUCGGGUGAAAAACUUUCCUGUUCCCAAAAACGCCUUCAAUUUCUCCGUGCAGAGUCGCGAUUCUGUUUGCGAAACGCGACUCGGAACCCUCAGAUGCAGAGCGCCGUGGUGCAGUGAGCGCAGUGAGGAGAAGUUGGUUCGAACCUUUUCCUCCGCGAACGGGAACGGUUCGCUUCGGGUGCUUUGUUUACCCGCGUAUCGACGAGCCAUCGACUUUGGUAGGCGCUGCCGGGGCCAGAACACCAGGGGUCAAUGCUACCGACAGGAACGCACCCGGCCGCACCUUCCGACAGCAGAAAUAACGAAGUCGGAAAGAACGGUAGCACCACCAUGUCCGGCAGUUCGAUAGACAACCGCAUCACGAUGAUGGAACAGAUGAUCCAGAACCCCCGUGCAACUCCCUCACUGCUACUGCCGAUGACAUCGCAGCCACCGACAAAUCGUUUCAAUCGUACCGGAAGCGGUGGUAUGGGCGGUGGAUCAGGACCCAAUCGACCAUCGUUGGGACUGAAUCUGCCCAUCGUUUCCGGCAAUCGGCGGAGCGAAUCGGAACUCAAGUUCCAGAAGAUCGUUGAUAAAAGUGGACUGUUGAAGAUAAACGAUAAGAUUUACCGCACUCAGCUCAGUGACCUGGAGGAUUUGGGCGAACUUGGGAAUGGGACCAGCGGUCAUGUGGUAAAGAUGCGACACAAUCCGAGUGGUGCCAUCAUUGCUGUGAAGCAAAUGAGACGCACCGGUAACGACGAAGAAAACAAACGAAUCAUAAUGGAUCUGGACGUAGUGCUGAAGUCGGAAAACUGCAAGUACAUAGUGAAGUGUCUGGGUUGCUUCAUCACCGAUGCAGACGUUUGGAUCUGCAUGGAGCUGAUGACGACGUGCUUCGACAAGCUGCAGAAAAAGUCCAAGAAGCCAGUGCCGGAAGAAAUUCUCGGCAAGGUAACGGUGGCUACGGUACGUGCGUUGGCCUAUCUCAAGGACAACCAUCGGGUAAUCCACCGGGAUGUGAAGCCCUCGAACAUUCUGAUCGACGAUCGGGGCAAUAUUAAACUGUGUGAUUUCGGCAUCAGCGGUCGACUGGUGGAUUCGAAUGCCCGUACACGGUCGGCCGGGUGCGCUGCAUACAUGGCGCCGGAGCGUAUUGAUCCAGCGAAAACAGUGUAUGACAUUCGGGCUGAUGUGUGGUCCCUCGGUAUCACGCUGGUCGAACUGGCUACCGGUGUGUUUCCCUAUCGUGGCUGUGUGACCGAUUUCGAAGUGCUCACACAAGUGCUCACCUCUAAUCCGCCACGGCUGCCAGAAGAUCAGCCCUUUAGUCCAGAAUUUCGUGACUUUGUGCAGCUCUGUCUGCAGAAAGACUAUCAGGCACGGCCCAAGUAUCCGGAUCUGCUGAGACACGCCUUCUUACAGCGUGCCGAACACGAUAGCAACAUCAACGUAGGCGAAUGGUUCCGUAAUGUGGCUGUUAACUGUGGCAUUCAACUAACUAGCCCACCGCAACCUCCGAACGCCUCAUCUGCUUCCGUUACUUCCCCUCCAACCUGGACCGCAACGUCGGAACAAACCAGAAUACCGACACCGCUGGGAAGUUUGACGGAAGCAGUCCAGGCGCAAUCGAACCAGCAAAAACAAACUAUCGCCAUCGCCGCCUCAUCCAUCCCGAUCAAGUCAACCGCCACCAUCCUAUCUCCCCACAUUGCCAAUGAAGCGCCUAGCAACCUCAGCAAUUUGCAGCAACGAUCGCAGCAACAGCAGCAGCAACUUCUCCAGAGCAAACUUAGCAACAUUAGCCUAGCGUCCUCAACGUCCUCCAUCUCGGCGGCAGCAGCAGCAGGAGCGGGCACUACAUCAGUAGGAACAGCCAGUACCACCUCCUAUACGCCUACCUCGUCUUCCUCCCCGGCCGCAUUCGAUCCGCGCCGGUCACCUUCGCCCCAGGCCUACUAUUUAGCGAAAAUGCAGCCAAAAAGUGCCAUUACUAGCACCAGCGUACCAAUCGCGACGGGUAUCGGAGGUGGACCGGGGCUGGAGCGAAACGGUUCACUCGAACCGGCACGAAAGUACAAACAUUCGCCGUUUCUUACGCGACGCACCGCGUCCGAGUAUGGUAACGGUAGCCCGAAAAAGGAAUCGACGUUAAGCAGUUUGGGACAAAGCAUCUUCAAAAACCUAACGACAUCACCGUUCGCACAGCGCAAAUCACUUCCGCCGGGUGAAUCGAAGCUUGCCUGCUCGUCGUCCACCUCGCCAUCCCCGAUGCCGGUUUCUUCCGCGAUCUAUGCCAAUGGAGCUGGAUCGGGGAGCAAUCCGUCCUCGCCGUUGUUGCUGCUUCGGAAGGCACACGACGUGCCGGAUUCAGACACGCAGUACAAACAUCUGCACGGAAACACUAGUCCAAUUGUUCUACAGCGAUUCUAUCACCAACAGAAUCAGUUGAUCGAGCAACAGAGGGAAGCACUUCACCAGCAGCACCACCAGCAGCAGCAGCAGCAGCAAGUUGUUUACGGGUACUCUUCACCUUCCCCAGUUCCUUCGGCAAGCGAAGCGUCGCCCCGACCAACUCGCUACAGUCCACUACCCUCUCAUCGAACCGUACACCACGGUGUACAUCCGGUACUGAGCAACUCAACCCUACACCAAAGCGCAAUCCCGCUCUACGUACAUCACGAACCUGUGGCAGGGACAGCACCAAUGCCGCCACCACCCGCUUCCGGUAUACCCGUGUACCAGCAAUCGAUUGGUACCACGGCAAGCCCCAAGCACAAAACCUCCUCAUCGUCCUUCUUCAACACGUUCAGCCGAGGCAUGAAAAGUGCCGGUCGAGGUGACAAGGUGAUUGAUCGAGGGGGUGGCACUGCACCUACACUGGUGGCGGCCGAUCGCCCACUCUACGCCACUACUAGCCAAACCAUGUACCAUCACCCGGGACAGACAAAUGCAGCGUUGCUCCAUCGACACGGUGCGCUCGCAGGAAUCAGCAAUGGUGGUGGUAGUGGUGGUGGUGGAAUGAUACUUCCGGAAGGUAGUAAAGAAGAGACAGGAUGGUUCAAUUCCUUUGCAGAUAUCAAGCGAAAAUUUGCCUCGUUCGUGAAGCUUAACAUCAGCAACAAUGGUACGGGAGCAAAUGGUGCCGGCACCGGUGGUACUACCACGAUUGGCGACAAGCGAACGCUAAAGGAGAAACACCUUCAGCAACAGCAGCAGCACCAUCAGCACCAGCUUCAAUUGCACCAACAGCAGCAUUAUGGAUCGAAUCCUUUCGAUAUACCAGCAGCAGCGGGUUCCGCUGGUAUGUACGGUGCAGGAGUGUUUCCCGGUGCUUCGGCAACGUCGGUAGUGCAACCGCCAUCUGCCAUACCGCCCAUGGCGCACGUACUCAGCAGUCCAGCGACCGAUCGACGGCACCGCAGCCCAGAUCCACCGCCAAGAUUAAACCGCGGUCAAUCGCCGCUACUUUUGCAGCGAAAACUCGAACAGCUCGGUCACACUGGAUCGCCGUUGCUGAACAGAAGACCCUUCAACUCUACCUCCCCAUCACCGCCCUUACCACCACCGCGUGGUUCGGAAAGUGUUCCCGGCUCACCACAACAUUUGCGUGCCCGCAUGAACUACACGCCGGAACCGCACCGGCGACCCUACCGUACUACGAUCGACCAAUGAGUGGGACUACAAAUUCUGGCCAUGUGAUCGAUGUACACCUUUCUCGACUAGCCGAAUGUUCAGCGGUGUUGUAAUCCUUUUGGCGCAUCUGCGUGUGUGUCUGUGCUAGGAGUCUCCGUGCGUUUGCUGCUUGCUUUCGUUACUUCGAAGCUACAAUUGUGCAUACCUGUUGUGAAAGGUAUGUAGGCCAAAGUGGAAAGCAAAUGGUGAAUAGCUCCCACAUUACAUUAUCCACACACCCAAUGCAAGCGGUACCAAAAGUGCUAGGAAGAAUUAUUAAAAAAAAGACGCUCAUACAAUUACGCUGCCUCAGGUAAAGGAUGAAAUGCUAGGAUGAAACGAAACAAAAGAAAAAGACGAAAACGAUUACAGAAGAGAAGAUGUGCAAAAACGAACAAACUUACUCGAACUCGAAAGUCAACACACGUAAUAAUUUCACCCGCUCAACGUUUACUGAAACAAUCCACCAAAAAAAAGCCACCAUACGCAACACGCAGCAAUCGUAGUUAGAGUGUUUGUGCGUGUGGGUGUGUACAUAGGAACAUUAGACCGUACGCCCAUUCGCUUGCUUGCUUAUAAAAGGGAGUCUCCGCCGUGCUGUUGUUAGUUUGUAGGUUUAAAAAGUUUAAAAAAACACAAAAAGGGACCGCUUUUUGCUUUCCUAUCUCUUACGCUCUCGUGCACCUAGUAUCAGGGGGCUCGUUUUGAAUCGUGCUUGAAUCGCAACGCGAAGGUUAUUUUUUUGGUAUUGUGAUUGUGAACGUUUCUUCUCUAGCCUGUGCGUUAUUUCGCCAGCAUGCACUAACUCCCCAAAAAAUAUGCUGUAUUUUUCUCUAAACCUUCAAACUUAUUUGUUCUUGUUUCGUUUAAUUUUUAAACAUUCUCCCCCAAAUUUUUGCUUAUGCUUUUUGCAAUGUUUCCAAUUUACAUUACCUCACAAAUUGUAUGAUAAUCAAAAACUAAAAUAUGGACAUACUAUAUAUACAAACACACAUAUUUAUACUUAUACAUAUAUAUAUAUAUGUAGAUGCAAAUCGUGCUCUCGGGUCCGAAGUGUCCUUCACGUCGCUUUACACACUGUGUGCAAUUAAGAGCUCCCGGAAGCGAAAGUGCGGGAAGGAAUAUGCCUUCCUUAUAUAGUAAAGAAAAGAAAGGAUACAAUUUCCCACACGCACACACACUUACACGCAUCGUUCUAAAACAAAAAUUUACGCAUAUAUUACGCAAAAAAAAAUGGCGCGUAUAUUGUACAUUUGACUGUGAUUUAUAGCUUUCGUUUGCAUUGGUGAUCGAUGGUUGCUAGGGAUGUUUUGAGCAAGUAGUAAGUGGUACUGUUGGCAAUACUACGAACAUGGAACGAAGUAGGUACGUCUCAAAGCGAGAUAUGGGUUGUUUUUUUUUUAAAUCAAUCAGCAGCAGCUUGCUACUAUGAUUUUCCUUUUGUGAUUCAGCGUUGGAUGAGUUUUGAUAUGCUUUCCGGGAGAAUAAUAACUAUAUUACCGCGCGCUCUAUGAUGCUUCGAACAUUUCAAACACGAUCAAACAGUGUUCGAAGGGUGUUUUAAACAAUUUUCAGUAGUUGUGUGGAACUUCCAGAGAAGAAUCGUUCACUGGGUCGUUGAAAUUGAGAAGCGUGUAAAAUGCACAUUUUGUGUUUGUUUCAUUUGUAAAGAAUGAUUCGCUUGCAAUAGUUCCAUCAUAAUCUGUCUCACUAUGUACUGGACACAUUUAAAAACAUUUAAAUAUCUUUUUUUACACAUAGUGUUGAAAUCGAAUCGUGUAGCCUGAAACAUAUUAUCAAUUUGAAGUAAAGUUUCCCAACACAAACGGACAAUGUAUAGCCAACAUGUAUGUAAAAUGAAAAAAAAACAUUCUGCCAAAAAUUAGUCCCCAAUACACACGAGCUGUACACUUUGCUCCUAUAUGAGUGUACAGGAUUUUCCAUACAUUGGCUGACACUACUUUUACAGAGCUGUUUUUCUAACCAUUACGCGAACUAGCGAGAUUCUUGUUUGUUUUGUAAUAUGGUUUCGAACGCGGUUUUAUUCCCAUCACAAGAUCACAAAAUACGGUACGCUCUUAUUUCACCGAACAAUUAAAAAUGAAACGAAACUUUGUUCCUACUUUGUUCGCAAGCGGAGGGUUAGAGAAACAGACAAAAAUAACAUUUCCCUCAAAAAAGAAAAUCAGCAAUUAUUAAAAACAAAAAAGAAACACACACACACACCACUUAUGCUGUACACUGUAGGUGCAAUUGCUUUCGCGCACGUGAUGCAUUUCUUUCGCACCACAAUCAAUGCUCCCCCAUGUACCUUUGUCAAUAUCUGUGGAGCAAUAGAAAAGUGGAAAGUAAAAUGCAAGCUUUGAAGAAAUAAAAUGGAAAGGAAACGAGUUGGUGAACGGUGGCGAUAAACAAACGAGAAAAACAAAAACAAAGGAAGGCGAGAAAAGGGAGGAGAAAAAUAGUCAUUUAUUAUUAUAUUAUUAUUAUAUAAAAAAAUACUAUUAAUAUCAUUAUCAUAAAUAAUGCAACAACAAAACGAAGAGAAGAAAGAAAAAAAAACGAAAGCCGGGCGUUUUUGAGUGUGUGUGUGUGUGUGUGUGACCCAUGGACGGCAGAGAGUUAGGGGCGAUUAUUUAUAAAGCUGCAAACACAAACACAUUAACAAAUGAAACAAUUUUCCCGAAACAAAUGGAUUUCGCGUAGCUAGGAAGAAAGGCAGAAAGCUAGAAAAUGAAACAGAACAGUAAGAAGCAAUAGCAGUGAAAUGGAUUCUGUGUGUGUGUGUGUGUGUGUGUUUGUGUGCGUUUGGAGUGGUUUGGUGCCGGGACGUGCUACGCGUUCCGGUCUUAGUCGAAAUGAAAUGCUGACAAAACAAAAUGGUUUAAUUUUGUAAGGUACGAACGAAAAGAAUGAAAAGAUGGCGAUAAAUAAAAAAAACCGAACGUGAAUGAACAGAUAAGAAAACCAAAGAA